AGUUGCAAUACGUAACGCAGACCCAUAAUAUAAUUACCAAGAGACGGGAAUAUAAUACCCUCCCCCUGUUUCUUUUCCUCUCUUUUCGUAUCUAUUCUGUUUAUUUCAUUCCUUUGUCCCUGCCAAGCAAGUUUUAGGUCAGGUGCUGUCACUGCCUUAUUUGGGUCGACUCUCAAGAGUUGCCCGUAUCACCAGUUUUACAAAACACCAAGUUUACAGUAACAUCAUCACAUCACAUCAUAGAGUCGCCAUAUAAAAUUAUACAAUGGCUGUGAAAGGCAUCUUUUCUUACUGGUGGUUCCCAGUCAUCUCAGGCCUCGUCUGGCUUGGAAUGCUUCUCGGUCUUCUCCUCGAAUGGCAAGUUAAUCAACAUGGUCGUCGAUAUCCCACGCAAUCGAUUCACUCCGACAUCGCCUACAUCUCCAAUGUCGGCGCCGAUCGUCUCCAACCUCUCUUCAUCGUCGGCUGUGUCUUGACUUCCAUCUUUCUCGACGCUGCAUUCUUGUCGGAGCGAUGGCUGCGACAUCGGGGUCGUCUUGUGCCCAACACUACACUCAUGGAGAAGAUCCUCAGCGGUCUCUCUAUCGCCUUUGCGACUGUUGGAACCGUGGGACUCAUCUGUCUUUCUAUCUUCAAGACCGGCAAGUAUAGCAGACUGCACAACACGUUUCUGGCGCUCUUUAUUGGAGGCUAUUUGAUCUCUGCUGUCUUUAUCUGCUGGGAGUAUCAACGCCUUGGAAUCAACUACCGCGAGCAUCGUAUCCUUCGCAGGUCUUUCUGGGUGAAGCUCACCUUCAUCCUCGUCGAGCUCUUCCUCAUCAUCGCCUUUGGCGUGUGCAGCCGCGUCAAGAAGCGAAACGCCGCCGCGAUCCUCGAAUGGGUCAUAUCCUUAAUCUUCACAUUCUACGCCGUCUCCUUCGUCAUCGACCUCUACCCUGCCGUUCGCACAAAGAGCCCUGACGCAAGGUACCAAAAGUCUUAUUACAUACCUUCUGCUCUCUCUGAUUCGAGAAGUCCCAGUAACGGGUCGCGCAAUAAUUUUGAUGCACCCGCAAACGGCCGUACCGAUGUCGAGAUGGCGCAGAGCGGUAACCGUGUGCCUCCCAGAGACUUCUAGACAGGCUGCAUAUAUCACAUACUUUACCCAUUACAACACAACAAAUUAAACUCACGUUUGUAACCUUUACAUAUGAAACUUUAUGCUCUAUGGAAUAAUGUCGGAAUGAUUCCCCGUUUCUUUCUUUGCCUGGCGUUUGGAUCGAGCGAGAACUGGCUCGUUUACAGGACUGUCUUGUAUGGCUUACAUCAUGCUCUUGUACACGAACUAUCAGAUAGAUGAACUUCAAGAUGAAC